AAGGGAAACAAAAUGGCGGCUCGUGUUGUUCAGUCGCUGUAUUUUAUAUAAGUGAUCGCAGGCCAGAGGAGUUUUUUUUUUUUUGUUCUGUAUUUAAUCUGUAGUAAAUGACCUGGAAGUCUGUUCUAUGUGCUACUAAAGUGUAGGAGAUACUGAGGAACAUUUUAACUUUUGGACCAACGGUGUUAAAUAAGGCGUCCCUCAGCAUGACAAAGGAAGAGGAUAAAGUGAUUCCUGUCCGUGUGGCUCUUCGCUGCCGUCCUCUGGUUCCUAAAGAGCUGAACGAAGGAUGUCAGAGCUGCUUAACAUUCACCCCUGGAGAACCCCAGGUGGUUGUCGGCAACGAUAAAGCGUUCACAUACGACUACGUUUUUGAUCCCUCUACAGAGCAGGAUGAGGUGUUUAACACGGCCGUGUUGCCUCUGCUCUCAGGCCUCUUUAAAGGUUAUAACGCCACGGUUCUGGCGUACGGCCAGACGGGCUCAGGAAAGACCUUCUCGAUGGGAGGCACCUACACGUCAGCACAAGAGAACGAGCCUGUUGUCGGCGUCAUCCCCAGAGUGGUCCAGAAAAUCUUUCAGGAAAAAGACAAGAGGACCGAUUGCACAUUCCUCCUCUCUGUUUCCUAUCUUGAGGUUUACAAUGAAGAGAUUUUGGAUCUUUUAUGUACAUCAAAGGAUAAACCGGUUAUUAGCAUCAGAGAAGAUCCAAAGGAAGGCAUCAAAAUUGUAGGUCUGAUGGAGAAGGAGGUGUUCACCGCUCAGGAGAUGGUGGGCUGUCUGGAGACGGGGAACUCGGCCCGUACCGUGGGCUCCACUGCCAUGAACGCCGCCUCGUCCCGUUCGCACGCCAUCUUCACCAUCAGCCUGGAACAACGCCGCAGAGGUGACAAAAACGAUUCCAUGGUCUCUAAACUGCACCUGGUGGACCUCGCCGGAUCCGAGAGGCAGAAGAAAACUAAGGCUGAAGGAGAUCGUCUCAAAGAGGGAAUCAGUAUAAACAGAGGCUUGCUGUCUUUGGGAAACGUCAUCAGUGCACUUGGAGACGAGAGCAAAAAGGGCACGUUUGUACCUUACAGAGACUCCAAGUUGACUCGUCUUCUGCAGGACUCAUUGGGAGGAAACAGUCACACGUUGAUGAUCGCGUGCGUGAGUCCGGCCGACUCCAACAUCGAGGAGACCAUCAACACGCUGCGUUACGCAGACCGCGCACGCAAAAUCAAGAACAAGCCGGUUCUCAACGUGGAUCCUCGAGCCGCCGAGAUGAAGCGUCUCAAGCAGCAGGUGCAGGAGCUUCAGGUGAUGCUGUUGCACGCUCGAGGCGGCGUCGCUCCUGUUCUCUCAGGGUCAGAGGAAGCCGCCAAAUUGUCACAGGUUCUGGAGCGUAACCAGAGUUUACAGGCGGAGAACAGCAAGCUGAGUCGAGAGCUGAGCGAGGCCGUAACACAGACCGCACUCAUGUGUGAAAGGAUCAUCGUGACCGAGCACGUCAACGAGAAGCUCCAGAGCAAACUAGAGGAACUGAGGCAGCACGCUGCGUGCAAAGUGGACCUUCAGAAGAUGCUCGAGACCCUGGAGGACCAAGAGCUGAAGGAGAAUAUGGAGGUCAUCCAAAGCCUUCAGCACUUGAUCCUGGAGCUACAGCACGAGAGCGCAGGGAUCGCGGCCACUAUAGACGCCAUGACCUCGGGCAAUUCCACCUCUCUGGAGGUCGAGGCGGAGGGCAACGCUGCAGACGUGAGCCGCAGUCCUGCCUCUGGCUCACCUGGGGGCAGCAAUGCUGAAGCUCAGGCCAAGGACUCCCCAGAGAACUUCACUACCCAGCAUGCACUGAGGCAGGCUCAGAUGUCCAAAGAGCUCAUUGAGCUCAAUAAAGUUCUUGCACUUAAAGAGGCUUUCGUCAAGAAGAUGUGCCAGAACGACGGUCACUUAGAACCGAUACAGACAGAAUAUCAGGAGAACAUCAAAAACCUCCAGGCUGAAGUUGGGUUACUACAGAAAGAGAAGGAAGAUCUGAUCCUCGCACUGCACUCUGCGAAGAAAGACACCAAUCAAGCAAAACUGAGUGAGCAGCGCAGGAAGAGGCUACAGGACCUAGAAGGGAAGAUGACUGAUCUAAAGAAGAAGCUCCAGGAUCAGUCCAAGCUUCUGAAGCUUAAAGAGACGUCAGUGCGCAGCGUCACUAAACUCAAUCAGGAGAUUCAGGCGAUGAAGGCGCAGCGAGUGCAGCUGAUGAGGCAGAUGAAGGAGGACUCGGAGAAAUUCCGUGUGUGGAAGCUGAAGAAAGAUAAAGAAGUUCUGCAGCUGAAAGAAAAGGAUCGUAAGCGUCAGUACGAGAUGCUGAAGCUGGAAAGGGAUUUCCAGAAACAGGCGAACGUCCUGAGACGCAAAACCGAGGAGGCUGCCGCAGCUAAUAAACGGCUGAAGGACGCGCUUCAGAAAAGAAGUGAAGUGGCAGAGAAACGCAAAGACACACAGAACCGCGGUAUGGAGGGAGUCGCCAGCAGGGUCAAGUCCUGGCUGCUGAACGAGGUGGAGGUGUUGGUGAGUACGCAGGAAGCUCGACGCCACCUACAGGACCUGCUGGAGGACAGGAAGAUGUUGGCUGAGGAGAUCGCUCAACUCCGGCAGCAGAUGGAGUCUGGAGAGAAACCUGUGGCUAAAGUGCGGCGUCGCACCCUGACCAUCUCAGAGCUGGAGGGUAAAGGAGAGCUGGAGGCUUCCAUCAGUAAACAAGUGGACAACUUGGAGACCGAGAUGGACCUCAGGAGCGCUCAGAUCGCAGACCUGCAGCAAAAGGUUCUGGAUGCUGAUAACGAAGGGCGAAUGAAGCAGCGCUGGGACUCGAUCACAACCAUUGUGGAGGCCAAGAGUGCCUUAAAAAUUCUCAUGUCUGAGGUCGUGACCUCAAAGACGGCGAACGCGAAGCUGGAGAGCGAGCUGAAGCAGGAGCGGGCGAACCACAUGGACCUGCAGAAGGUGCUGUGUGACGAGAGGAAGCUGAUGUCUACCAUGGACAUGGAGCACCAGAGCCACCUCGUGGAGCUCGAGCAGACGCACCAGGAAAAGGUUCUUUAUCUUCUCAGUCAAUUACAGAACAAACCCCUGGAAGCGAAGGAGGAGGAGAAUCACGAGACGUCCAAAAGGGAGAGGGAGCUGCUACAGCGCUUAAAGUUUCAGGAGGCGGAGCUCCAGAAGAUGCGAGAACUCACUGAGCAAAACCAGAAACUCCUGGAAGAACUUGAACAAUACAAACAGAAAUUACUUCUUGCUCAGCUGACGAGCGCAAAGAAAGCACCUCCGUUAGCAGCCGAAUCGCCGGACACUUCGUUUGAAUACGUUCCUCCUAAGCCCAAAGCCAAAUUGUCCACGGCUCGAGCUCCCCUGCAGGAACCCACCAUCGACCUGGACGAACUGGUGUCUCCGUCCGAGUCGGAGAAGGAGGAGGACGAGUGGCGUCCAGAGAAGAAAGAGAGAAGCAGACGUGGCUCUAAGAAGUCUAAAAUGACUGGGUGUGCGUGUAAGGGCCGGUGCGUCAAUAAACUGUGCCGCUGCCGCAAAGGACGACUGACGUGCGGCGAGAACUGUCUCUGUGACCACGAGAAGUGUCGCAACAUGGAGAACCGUGCUGUCAUGGACGUUGCUGAGACAAAUGACGUGUCCAAAGACUCCGUGUCUAUUCCCGAAGACCCCACAGCCGUAAGCCCUCGAGACGCCACCUUCUUCAGACCUCCUUGUGUUCCACCGACUAAAAAGGAAAUCGGGGACAUCAGUAACCUGUCGUCGGUCCUGAAGCUGGAGAAGAAGCCCGUCCCUGCUGACAUGGACAGCGACAGCGAGGAAUCGGAGGAGUCCAUCAUGCCCAGCUUCCUGCGCAAGAACAAGAGAGGACUGAACAACUUCAAGAACAGCUUCUUCUCAGGCUGCACUCCGGUCCGCGAGGAAUCCUGAAGUAGUCGUACGACCGGAUCACGUGGAUCACCGGAUCGCUGUUCUCUCGCUCUCCUUCCGUCUGUCUUUGUCUUUUAUAUGUGAACGUCUUUCUUUUUAAACCGUGUCUGAGAUUCUGUGUCUUCUGUCCAUCAGCGUCUUCUUUUAACGUAGCUCUUUAACCUAACGCUUUAGUUUGUUAACGUGACUUUUCACACUGUAGUAAAAUAAUUAUUAAAUAAAUAAAAGACUUUUUGUUCAGUUGAUCAUAGGGAGUUUUUUUAACACUAUGGAUCAGCAGGAAUCCACAGAGACGUUUCUCAGCUGUAAUUUAUCUCAAAUUGUAGAUUUCAAUAAAAUUGUUGAAAUGUU